GGGAGCAAUGGCAGCCACUAGACUAUUGCGCACCUUCAAGCCUAUGACUUUUCAUUCUUCUUCUUCUUCUUCUUCUUUGCCGCCGAACACGCUGCGGUGUUCGAGCAAGGCCGGAAGUUUAAGCGGAGAGAAGAGACUUGGUGGGAAGAAUGAUAAUCAUGAGAGAAAGCAAAUGGUGGUUGUCAAGGCCUCAAUGGCCACUUCAGACACAAUGAGCAUCACUUUGAAGCCACAAGUGAAUCGGGGAAGGCUCGCAGAAUUGGUUUCCCUGCUUACAAAGACUAACCAUGCUUUGCUCAUUCUUUUGAGAACGGCCCUCAAGCCAAAACCUUCGAGACAGCAGAUCCAGAUGUUCAUUGAAAGGGGGAUAAUAGACUGUCGAUUCUUUACAUUACUUGCAGUUGCGGGAUCCUUACUUGGCUCAGUUUUGUGCUUUGUAGAGGGUUGCUUUAUUGUUCUAGAGUCAUAUUUCCAGUAUUUCCAUGCCUUGUCACACAAGACGGAUCAAGGACAUAUGGUGCAUCUACUUAUUGAAGCCAUUGACAUGUUCCUGGUAGGAACCGCCAUGUUUAUUUUCGGGGUUGGGUUGUACGCCAUGUUCGUGGGAUCAAAGGCCGUGAAAGAAAAAGGACCGCGGUUUUCAGAGUCAAACAUGUUUGGUCUCUUCUAUAUGAAGGCACCUCCAGCAUGGGUUGACAUGAAAUCGGUUUCGCAAGCAAAGUCGAAAAUAGGGCAUGCAGUGGUGAUGAUACUUCAAGUGGGUUUGUUGGACAAGUUCAAGAGUAUACCUCUGGUUACUCCACUGGAUCUGGCUUGCUUUGCUGGAGCUGUGCUUCUUUCCUCUGCUGGUAUCUUCAUCCUCGCCAGACUCUCCACCACCUCCGGCGCUGUUGCUGGUGUACAACAUGGAACAUAGAUCAUACAACUAACUCAUCAAAAUUAAUGCUCAAAAGUUCAUCACAACAGUCAACAUACGGUCACAGUUGGUUUAUAUUAAAUUCAUUUAUAAGUUAAAACCCAUUCUUUUUCUAGUAUAUACCUACUCAAUACCAAUACCUACGUAGCAUAGCAUAGUCAAGUCAGAUUAUUAUAUACUUCACUCAACGGGAAGAAUGCCUUAAAUCCCUCUCUAUACCAUAGAUGUUGUAAUCCAACCACGAUCAAAGUAUAAGGUUGAUGGUUAUACAAGUAUUCAUUUGUCAAUCUUCCCUUGUUCGGAUCAAUUGUACUUUGAUUCUUUACAUAUAUAAAUAUCGGACUA